UCUGCUAAAUCACUGCUCAAAGUUUCCUCAUGUGAAGUAUAUAAAAGAACUUGGUUACAUUACGAAUCCUCACAUCUUCGGUAAAAAGGAAAAAAUUAUCAUGUCUCGCGGCGUUCGCCUCAUCGUUCUCUGCAUCUUUGUGACCGCACUCGCAUUCACCAGCGAAGCUCAAAUAUGUACCGGCGGACCUAACGAUGUUUAUACCAGUUGCGGAAGUCAUUGCCCACCAUCGUGCGAUGAACCAAGAGGAGGGAUCUGUAUACAAAGCUGCAAACCAGACACUUGCCAAUGCCAACGCGGAUACCUGAGACGUUACGACGGUCAAUGCGUUACCGAAGCAGAAUGUGAUUUGUAAUUAGGGGAAUAGCUCAACAACGAAAAACAUAGAUAUGAACUUUAGUCACUGAAAAAUAAAUAUAUACGUGUGUAAA